UGAGCUUCCUGGUCAGCCGCUGCUCGGGUGGCGAGCUGGAAUCUUGCCUUGGUCGAUAACUGUGCCCGCGGUUCGCAGCUCGGUGUCGCAGCGCGUCACGCCUAACGCCGGCAGAAUCAAAGGGUGCAGAUCUUGGCUAUCUCCAUCCGAGCACCCCUCCGGCCCAUCAGCACUCGAUGGCGUUUGCGCGUCCUUGCUUCUGCCCACCACGGAGGCCGCGGCGUGGUCGCCAGACGUGUCAGGGGAAGCCUGGAAGGGACAGGCCACAGGGGCGUCGUCUGCAUCGUGUGGACAUCCGCUGAAGUGCUGGGGGCCAAGUGGCGGAUCUUCGAGUGAGAUGCCCUCAUAUGAGCGGCUGGCAGAGGCGACGAGACGGUCACCGUAUUCCAUCACGCUUGGCGCUGCCGACACGCUCAACACAUCGCCGGAUUGGGCACACGCACCACUGGACACACUGUGCCCGAGCCGAUGGUCGGAUGGCAGUGCAGGUACGCCCUCCACUCUAUCAGCAGAUUUCUCGCAUGAGCUCAGGCGGCCGCCUCGGCCCACGUGUGCUGCCUGGGGCGACAUGUUGGGUAGGGCCGGCUGGUCUGGGGCGGCUGGCGGCUUUGCACCGGGGCGACGAGCCGCAGCUGCUGGUGUCGGUGGCGAGGGAGGGGGAGGGCGCGGCUUGGAGCAGACAGGCAACACUCUUAGCCCCAUCUGCAGAAGGAUGCUGCCACACAGCAACCGAAAAACAGACAUGACAUUCCAUUCAUUUACGUACGUACGUACACACACACAGGUGUGCCUGCCUGUCUGACUGUCUGAUGGCUUCCUUACUUGGGUCCAUUGUCAUCAGAUAUGAUGACCUUCUUCAACUUGAGGUUCCCCUCCUCUCGUCGCCGAGCAAUCUCCUCAAUCGACGCCAUGGCCCCGCCUCCCUGCACCACCGCCUUCUUGACAUCCUCCUGACGCGGUCCCUCCAUCCCAUGGAUCUCCCUCAACGUGCGGAGCAUGUUGUGAGCACCCAACACGAAUGACAGCUCCCGCUCCUCCUCCUUCUCGAUGUCUUUGGUGCUGGCGGCAUCGACAUCCAUGGCGAGCUCCGAACGUGCCUUAAGGAGGAGGAGCCGCUGCCGCUCCCGCUGCACGUCCGUCCCCGGACGCCCUUUGAGGCCAUCCUCGACGAGCCGCAGGGCACUAUCGCAACCACGUGGUUGCUGCGUCGCAAAGCAAGACGUCUCCGGCCGCGUGUUGAUGAGGUCCAUUGUCAGGGGACACUCGAGUGUCGGUCCGCCCUUGAUGCAGGCCACAGUCGCGA